UUUAUAUUUCGUUUAAUAGUAAUAUAAUAUAAAUUUAGUUCGCACAACAACUAUAAUACAUUUUGUGAUAAUCGCUAAGGAAUUGCUGACGAAUACACAAGUACAAUAAAUCACAAAUGAUCGCAAACAUCAUGAACUCUCUAGUAUUAUGAAGUUACACAAAUGAUUAGGCAAGAUGUAAUGCAAUGAAGAACAGUCAAGAUAAUUGAAAAAAUACAUACUCUCUCUACACAGGCUAUACAUACUCUCUAUACAGGUAUUUACACGUUUUUACGAUGAUUUUAUUAUUAGGAGUAUUUAAGGGAUACUUCCCACUUGAGCCAAACAGAGUGAUUGCAAAUGAUCAAGGAAACAAUUUAGACAUUUUAUUUUUUAAUUAGUUGAUUAAUCACGUUAUAAAUUACACGAUUGUUCUUCAAUUAGAAAAAGCGCAGGAAUUCGAAGAAUACAUCCAUUGAUGCCAGCACAGUUCGAAAAUGAGCUCUCCGCCGCACGGCGGAGCGCCCGGCCCUCACAUCAUUUCCACGAUUGUAGCGCCAUUAGCAGACGCCCCAAUGGUGAAUAAGGCUUGCAGUCUUUUCAUGCGUGGUGUACACUCUGGACGCUGUAGACACAUUUGGAGCCGGUCCGUGGGAAACUGUGUUUCAGCGGAAUUCGUUUUGCUUGCCAUUCUUCGCGGGUAGCUGCAGCGGAUAAAUACUACUCAAUCAUCUUCUCGUAAGCAGCCAACUACAACCAAGAUGCCGCAGAACGAGCACAUCGAACUCCAUCGUAAGCGCCAUGGCUACCGGUUGGACUACCAUGAACGCAAACGUAAGAAAGAGGCACGUCAGGUUCACGAGCGAGCUGCUAAGGCCCAAAAACUGCGUGGUAUCAAAGCGAAGAUUUUUGCCAAACAGCGAUAUGCUGAAAAGGUGCAGAUGAAAAAAACGAUUAAAAUGCACGAGGAAAAGAAAACCAAGCAGAAAACCAAAGAGGAUGCCGCGAACGAAGGUGCCGUGCCGGUCUAUCUCCUAGACCGAGAGGGACAGAGUCGCGCUAAAGUUCUUUCAAAUAUGAUCAAGCAGAAACGCAAAGAGAAAGCCGGCAAAUGGGAUGUGCCCAUCCCGAAGGUGGCUACAGUCGCCGAUGCGGAGACAUUUCGUGUUAUUAAGACCGGCAAACGGGCGAAGAAGGCAUGGAAACGUAUGGUGACUAAAAUAUGCUAUGUUGGAGAAGGCUUCACCCGUAAACCACCAAAGUUCGAGCGUUUCAUCCGCCCAAUGGGUCUUCGAUUUAAGAAGGCGCAUGUCACGCACCCCGAACUGAAAGCCACUUUCUAUCUGCCUAUUAUUGGCGUCAAGAAAAAUCCCUCAAGUCCGCUGUAUACACAGCUGGGAGUGAUUACAAAGGGAACAGUGAUAGAAGUGAAUGUGUCAGAGUUGGGUUUAGUCACCUCUGGGGGAAAAGUUGUUUGGGGUAAAUACGCCCAGGUUACAAACAAUCCCGAGAAUGACGGUUGCAUUAACGCCAUACUUCUUGUGUAACCCAGUACGGACGGAAAUUAUUAGAAGUGACUGAACUGUGCCGCCAAUUUGUUAAAUCAGCUGGCUCGAGCUUGUUCGGGCAAAAUUGCUUCUUCUCGAGUUCUCAUUUGUAUAUAACAUUUCUUGUCAGCUAACUAUAGAGGUUACAAUAAAUGAUAUUCGGCAGGUGGCGGAGAAGUUGCGAUCUUUUAUAAAAAUGUGUUUUCUUUCUAAGUAUGUUGAGACUGGUCAGCAGUACUGUUUUGAGGUGGUUUACAUGUUGGCGUAGUUGAACGUGCAGAAUAAACGGUUCUAUGAUAUAUAAUAUCAACGACUAAUUUUUGUUGGUACGA